GGUCAACAGAUUUGAACGUUCAGUCGGCUUUAGUUGACGUGUGGUCGAGGAUAUAAUUUCGCGUAUGAAAGUGAUUAAAAGUUGGGAAUGCUUGAUCUAAUCUUACCAUUAUCUCACCCACACCUGCGUGUGUCGUCGCAAAGUUCGCUCUACUGACUGUGCUUUUAAAAGUUUUGACAUGUUGUUUUGUGGUGGCAGUUUCCGCGCUAAAACAGUCCAGAAAAAUGACGUUUGUAAGGUUGUCGAAGUGAACAAUAGGCAGUUGAAACUUUUCCGUUCGCUGAGUUUCAGAGGAUACGACAAGGUUUCCAAUGGAAAGAAAACUUUUGUUCAACCGCCCAAAGUUCCUGAGGGAUCUAUGAGCGAAGUUUCAAAGGCAGUCAAAUCGGGCCUGGACCCCACGAACUCUGGCAACCAGCUGCGUCCUCUAAACUCCGAAAUCGCCGCCCCCAGGAUAGACAGUUACAGGUUCUCGAUGGCGAACCUUGAGGACUCGCAGGACGUAGACCUGGACGCCAUCCUGGGGGAGCUCAAUGCCCUAGAGAAUGAAUGUGAAAGGGAAAUAGGACAGGCCAGAGAUAGUAAACGAUAUUCAGAUGCUCAAAAAUUCCACCAGUCCAGGGCUCAUAGCAGGACGUCUUCAGAGGGCCCAAGACUCAAAUUAGACCAAGGAGGUGACGGGGACUUGAUUUUAAAGACUGACUCUAUCCGCACAGAAUCCCCAGACAAUGAUUCCGCCUUCAGUGAUACCGUGUCCAUGUUAUCCAGCGAAUCGUCAGCCAGCAGUGGUGGUAGUGCCACCAACAAGCCACAAUCCUUACAUUUACAAUCACAAGAUGACGCAACAAGAAUCAAAGCGGAAAAAAUCAGGAUGGCUAUGGAGAAAAUCAAAGAAGCCAACAUUCAAAAACUCUUCGUUAAGGUUUUCACAGUUGACGGAUCUGCAAAAUCCCUUCUUGUGGACGAAAAGAUGCUGUGUUCUUAUGUAACAAGACUGUUAGCAGAUAAAAAUCAUGUCCAGAUGGAUCCCAAAUGGGCCAUUGUGGAAAAUUUGCCGGACCUCUAUAUGGAACGAGUGUACGAAGACCACGAGCUCCUAGUCGACAACCUCAUGAUGUGGACCAGAGAAUCUAAAAAUAAAGUUUACUUCGCCGAGAGAAUGGACAAAAUAAAACUCUUCACCCAACCAGAGAAGUUCCUGUUGACUUCAACCGACCGCAGAGACAAUAUCGAGUUCGAUGAACAUUCUAGAAAUAUGCUGCUAGAAGAAUUCUUUUCUUCAUCCUCCAUUGUGAUACCAGAAGUAGAAGGACCCCUCUAUUUGAAGGCAGAAUCGAAAAAAGGAUGGAAGAAAUACCACUUUGUACUUAGGGCCUCUGGAUUGUAUUAUUAUCCGAAAGAAAAAGUUAGGUCGGCUAAGGAUCUAGUGUGUCUGGCGAAAUUCGAUAAUAAUCAGAUGUACUACGGCUUAGGAUGGAAGAAGAAGUACAAAGCUCCGUCCGACUACUGUUUCGCAAUAAAGCAUCCAAGACUGCAAGAACCGAAAUCAUCGAAAUACAUCAAAUAUCUCUGUGCGGAAGAUCACCAGACUCUCGAAACCUGGAUGAUCGGAAUGAGGAUAGCCAAGUAUGGUAAACAGCUGAUGGAUAAUUACAGGAGUCUAAUGGAGGAACUGGCGCAAGAAGACUUGGAUCAGCUGGCACAUGCAAGAAGUUGUUCGGUUAGCUCUAUAGCGGUACCAUCGAAUGUAACAACCCCAACUCAAGGAUAUCAGAGCAGUGAAGCUGGUUAUGGCACGCAAAGUGAAACAUACUCGGCUCCCAGUGAAAUAAGUUCAGGAAGACAUAGUAGAGCUAGUAGUUCGAGUUCUAGUGGAUGCAUGAGCGAUGGAGCACCAUCAAGUUGUGAAAACGCUUUCGAUUCUGAAUUUCCCAUGGGCACAAUCAAGCGAAAACCCUCCAUGAAACCCAACCUACCCCUAACCAACAUGACGAGGCAACUGAAAGAAGUGGGCGAGACCAGAGAUGAAUCGGAUUCAACCUCCGUCACCUCUCCCAACCACACUUACACCAAUACCGGAACCCUCACUCGCAGGCACAGCAGAAGGAAAUCCAACAAUUCCGAAGAGUCAUCGAAUUCCGGAACCCUCAAAAGGCAACUCUCUUAUAAAUCUAGGGGCUCCAUGGAAUCUAUGGGAGGAAGGAGCAGCGGCAACUCUACACCCUUGUGUGGCACACCAGUGAGGGAGAGGGCGUCUCCAUUUGGAGAGAGGAAUACAUCGUUCGAAGACCGUUCUCCAAGUAGUAUAUCGGUGAGGAGUCCAGUGAGUCCUAUGUCCCCUGGGGUGGAUAUACCAUCUUCAAUGACUGAUUCAAUAAUUUCACUGCCUCCACCACCACCACCUGACACUACAGAGGAGGUAAUAAGCGACUCUCCCUCUUACCAGCUGCCUCCACCACCUCCAGAGAUAUACAAUUCAAAUCUGUCAUUGGACAGUUUACCGCCCCCGCCGAAUCCGAACGAACUGCCGCCGAUGACAGGUUCAGAACUUACAGGAAGUCAAUUAUCACUCAUGUCACUGCCGCCUCCUCCCGGUGAAGACAACGGCACUAUAAAGCGCAGGAAAGAAAGCAGCAGUUCCGCUUCAACUCCGACAAACGUACUGAGUCCCAACCGAACGCCGACACAGAUGUCUCCGGACGCAACACCCACACAUUCAAGACUGAAUACACCCUGUUUCAGUCCGCCAGUUUCGAACUCUGGCUCGAACUGCAGCACGCCAACACAGAUGAACCCACCAGUCACGUUUAGUCCUACACACCCACUCCAAAAUAGUCAAAUUCAAGCUCAAAAUCACGACAGAAAUGGCACAGAACAAAUUUAUGGCACCACCAGUUAUCCCCAACCUCCAUCAUACGUGAAUCCCCCACAAUACGGUAGACAGAGUAACACUCUGCCAAGUUCUAGUUUUAAUAAUAACAAUGGACUCAGGUCUUCUUUAAGGCAGUCUUCCCUUCCUAGACAAAUCUCCUCGAAUAGCAUAGCUUCAAGUAGUUCAGGCUCUUCAGGAAAUUCCAUCUACGGGGUAAUUCCCAACGACCAUCAGGUGAAAAGUUCGCCUCAUCUCCAGAGGAAGGUGGCGUUUCAAGAACCGUCGAGUCCUAAGAAAAGUACCAAGAAAAUUAGUUUCAAUUUGACACCACAGGAAGUGCCGCCGCUACCGAAAAGACCACAGCCUCCAAAAAGAUCUGAAUCUACCAAACUCUCAAGUCCUAAAAAACUGGCAGAUCCCCCGCACGACUUCCUGAAGGACCUUCAGAGGGUUAUGAGGAAGAAGUGGCAGGUAGCUCAAAAAUGCAAGUUGGAGCCGGCAACAACCCCUCACGAAGUGUUGGGUUUCAGAGAUCCGCCAGCACUCCUUCCCGACUAUAAGGAGCACAAUGUUUCCAAUUGGGUUCAAGAACACUACGGACCAAAUAACGUUUAUGAGAAUGUAUAUAGGGAUAAUCCUGAUGGUGUAGUCGAAUAUGCAACAAGCCCCAUUCAUAGGAAUAGUGACAUUAGGGCGUCAUGUGAUUAUGGCAGGUCUAAAAGGCCACCACCACCCCCUCCAAAACGUAGUGAGACAACACACUUAAGUACUUCAAAAAUGCAUUGAUGCUGUGCUUCAUUGUUAACUGAAAAGUUAGUAUGUGUAUGAAAGUUGUUACACAAAACGCAUCUUACGGAAAUAAUAACAGUAAGGAUUUUUAAAUUAUAAUUUGACUACAUUAUUUUAAAUUCAAAAUCAUUUCUAGAAAGGUUCCGACAUCAAAAUAUCAAUUUCAAAUUCUAAGGUUGGCGCAUAAAAAAAAAUUGAUUCAAUUCCAGCCGGUUGGAAUUGAAUCGAGCGAACAUUCUUCAUAUUCAUGAAAAUUCCAUCUUCAGAAUUACAAGGAUCCAAGUCGGUUUGCAAUCGGGAAUAUCCACAAAAGGAGUGUCAAAUUUGACAGUAGAGUUUGAGCACCAAGUUGACAUAAACUACCCGUUGAAACUUCAAAUUUGAAUGAUUUUCAUUUCCACAAAUUGAAUAAUUCUUCAUUGGUUGCCAGGAUAACUUUUCUGUUUUCCGGAAGAGUUAUUACCACCCUUUUAUUGAACGAUUGUCAAUUUUGGAAUAUUCAUAUUUUGAAUUUUCUGUCCGAUAUUGUGUCACUUGGUGCAGUGAGUGAAAUUUUGAUUCAUCUCACUUCAUAUUCGAAUUGUGAAAAGUUAGACGGCUUACAUCCUCCUAAAUUCUUGCAUAAAAAUGAUACAAUGAAAUGUAUUCAAAGUAUUACAUAUUUUUGAAUAUAGACUAACCGAGUUCGCUUAUAGGUGCCCCAAAACUGAAAUUUGAAUGUUGAGAAUGAAGAGCUUGAUUAACUAAGUAAAUGUUGAAUUUUCCCGAUAUUUUCGACGACUUGUGUACAUCAUAACCCGUAUUAAUGAUGUAUUACCAGUAUCGUGAUAUCGUAUUUUCCAACAGGAAAAUUCCGGAACUGAAAUCUAAUAUCGCAUAUGAAAUACAUAUACUAAAUUUUCAACAACAGGAGCAUUGUAGAAAGUUUAUCUAAACAAACAAUGUGAUUUUAAAUAUUAAUGUGCCAUUUAGUAGAAGAUAAAACCUAAAUUAAAUUAUGAAAGAUCAUUUUAUUGCAUAAGUGAAGAUUGGAUAUAAUUUAAACGACUAUCUGGUUAUUCUGUUGGUAAAAUAAAUUAUUAAAAAAUGUCAAACAUUUAUGGUGCUUAAUAGUUAGAUAUGAAAUUAAGUAAUAGAUGUAGCUGAUUUUGUGUGGUUUAUAAAUUUUAUAUAACAGUUGCCCUAUCAGUUACUCAUUUUUGAUGAUACAGGGUUGAAGUCAGUUUAUUUAUUUUUUUCUUGUAAUUUCCUUCAUGUAAUAUAAUUGUGUAUAUAGUUUAAAAUGUUCCAAGCGAAAGCUGUUUAGGAUAAACAGCUCAUAACUGAGAUGAAGAUCAUACUUUUAUUAUGAUCAAUGAAAACACUUUUUAUAUUGAUGUACAAGAUCUCUUAUUAUGCCAUUGUGUCAUACAAUUUUGUAUGUUUUAUACGAUUUAGUAACAUUAGAUACUUUAGAAAUUUGAUAAUUAGAUAAUUCUUACCUUCAAAAUCUUCCCCCCCCCUCUCGGUUUCAAUACGAAUAUUAUUUUCAGUUCUGUGCAAUUGUAUGUUUGAAUUAUAAAGAAAUUAAUUUUUAAUUUCUAGCACAAAUCUAUAUAAGUGUUGUGAAAAUAUAUUCAUGAUCUUUUAGGCACCAAGAUCUUUGUUUUUAAUUUUCCUAGGUGCUUUAACUUAAAUGUAUACUGUCCUCUAUUUCUAUUUACUAAUUGUUAUGAAGUAAGCACUAUAACAAUAUAUAAUAAAUUCUUAAUAGUUA